AUGGCGGACCAGGAAUCGCGUGAAUGGGGCCCCGGGAAAACACCGCAGGGCCGGGCUCGUCUACCCUCGAGCAGACCGCGCGAAAAGCCGCAGCUGUCAUGCAACCUGUGUAGAAGGAGAAAGGUGACAAGCAGCGGUGCGGCACACCAGCCUCGUGUCACCACACAGGACCGCAUCCGCCACCUCGAGAGUCUUGUGUUCGAUCUGAUGCAGCAGUCUUCCGUCAACCACGGCCCGCACGGAGGAGGAACACCUGGCUCCCCCGUGGACACGCCUGUCACUUCACCCGCCGAUUAUGGAAUCAUGCAGUCUGCGGGCGGAGGCGCCAAGUACGUGGGAAGUUCGCACUGGGCUGCUGUUCUCGACGGGAUUGCCGAGCUCAAAGAUCACUUCGAUAACGAGGAGGACAUGUCGCAUCCUGAUGUCCAGGGCGUUGAGUCCCCGGGUGCGGAGAAUACUGGCCCCCAGUUGCUCUAUGGCUGUCCCAAGCCCGCUAACAAGGACGAGAUACUGGCGUCGAUCCCUACCCGCCCGUACGAAGACUUCUGGGGCGAUCCAUCUGCAGUGUCGCCCCUUUGGUUGGGCCUUUUGUUCACCAUUAUGUGCUUGGCAACCCAAUUCGAAAAGUUCCGCCUCGACCCUGGCGUGCAGUCCCCCGCGGCUCUGUCCAUGGAGAGAGAUCUCCAGAAGAUGGCGGAUACGUACAGGCUACGGAUUGGCCAAUGCCUGGUUCUAGGCAACUACACCAAAGGCGGUCCGUACGUGCUGGAGACGCUUAUGCUGUACAUUGCCGCUGAGCUGUUUUCGAGCACGGACGCCGAGAUUGACAUUUGGAUCCUGACGGGGAACACGGUUCAGAUUGCCUUGCAUAUGGGCUAUCAUCGAGAUCCGAAGCAUUUCAAGGGCAUGUCCUCUUUUGCGGCAGAAAUGCGGAGAAGGGUCUGGGCGACUCUUGUCGAGAUGGACCUUGGCCUUUCUGCUCAGAUGGGACUGCCAAGGAUGAUCAAACAGUGGCAGACUGAUACACAAGAGCCGUCUAAUCUUCAAGACAGUGACUUUGACAAGACCACGGUUGAGAUGCCCCCUUCAAGGCCGGACACGGAACUGACGCCGAUUCUUUACCGUCUUGUAAAAGCAAGAUUGAUGACAACUGUCGGGUAUAUCUGGGACUUUGCGGCUGAUGUCCGACCGUACACAUAUACGGAAGUCGAGAGAAUGGACAACAAGCUGAAUGAAGCACGCAAGUCAAUCCCAGACUGUCUCAAGUGGCAUUCCUUCGCCCGCUGCAUCACGGACUCGCCGCAGAACAUUAUGCAAAAGGUUGUUCUAGAGACCUUAUUCUACCGCGCAAAGAUCGUUCUCCACCGAAAGUUCAUGUUCGGCCCCCCAGCAAACUCGGCUGAUUCUAAACGCAUUGUCUUGGAGUCAGCACUCAAGCUUCUGGAUUACCAACACAUGCUGCAAGAGGAGACACAGCCCUUCUGUCAGCUCUACCAAGAGAGGUGGAGGGUUUCUUCAUUGGUCAACCAUGAUUUCUUGCUAGCUACAAGCAUUCUGUGCUAUUACCUGCAGAACACGAAACGCGAGGGCAUGCAGGAUUCUGAGUCAGCGCCGAUGGACGACGCCAUUCUGGCGUCCCUUAGAAGAUCUUAUGAUAUCUGGUUGCAGUCGAGCGAUUCAUCUAAAGAAGCCAGAAAGGUUGUGAAAGCACUGACUGUGGUUCUUGGAAUCAGCAAUACUUCAGGUACGGAUUCAGGGUUCGACUCGAGCAUGUCAUUCGGCGUUCCUUCGGGGUAUGCAUCAUCCACCAUCCACGACUAUCAAUCAGGUACGUUGACCAGGCACUCACCAAAGAGGGAGAAGGGCAGCGCAGUGUUCAAGCUGACCGACCGAGUGAUAGAGUUUCCAGCCGGUCUUGGCUCACAGUUUCCAGUGCUUGAUGGCACGAUGAUGCCGAACUGGGCCACGUUUGCGGAUGAUUUGCUGGCUGCACCGAUACCUACCCCGAGUAAUGAGUGGCAGGCAAUGGAUGAGACGGUGGAUACAAUGGGGUCUUUGGCAUGGCCAUGGAACCUGCAAUGA